AUGUCAGAAGCUGUCGUCGAAAAUACUGCAAAGCUCCAGCUUGAUGAGGAGACCGGGGAGAUGGUCUCCAAGAGUGAGCUCAAAAAGCGGAUGCAAAAACGGGCAAAGAAGGCAGCUGCAGCAUUGCGCAAGACCCAGGUAUCUUCAGAAGGAACCACAAAAGCUGGAGGGCAGAAACAACUUAAUACAUCAGUAAAGAAGCCCAGUGAUGCAGAAGAGAACGUCGUUGAUCCAGAUGCAAUGUUUAAGCAAGGGUUUCUGGCUGAGGUUUACAAGACGCGUCCUUCGGAAACUGUUGUCACCCGGUUUCCGCCAGAGCCAAAUGGAUACCUUCAUCUGGGACACGCAAAGGCCAUUGCUAUCAACUUUGGGUUUGCAAGAUAUCAUGGUGGCAAAACAAUACUGAGGUUUGACGACACUAACCCCGAUGCCGAGAGAGAGGAGUACUACAAGGCUAUCGAAGAGACAAUUCGAUGGUUGGGAUUUACACCAUCCAAAGUUACAUAUGCAUCUGACAACUUCCAACGGAUGUAUAACCUCGCUGAAGAACUCAUCAAGAAGGAAAAGGCAUAUGUCUGCCACUGUAACGAAGCCGAGACUAAGCUGCAGCGCGGCAGUGAGGACGGUUCAACCCCAAGAUAUCGAUGCGAGCAUGCAAAGCAGGAUGUGGACACCAAUCUCAGGAAGUUUUCUGCCAUGCGCGAUGGCGAAUAUGCGCCGCAGACAGCCUGGCUUCGCAUGAAGCAAGAUAUCGAGAAUCCCAAUCCUCAGAUGUGGGAUAUUGCUGCUUACCGUAUUCCUAAAGAUCAGCAUCCUCACCUUCGAACGGGUAAUCAUUGGCGGGUGUAUCCGACCUACGACUUUGCACACUGCCUAUGUGAUAGCUUUGAAGGCAUUACGCACAGUUUAUGCACGACCGAGUUUAUUAUGUCCCGGGAAAGUUACGAAUGGCUAAAUCAGCUCCUGGUUGACUUUCAGCCAAUGCAGCGCGAAUGUGGUCGAUUGAGACUCGACGGCACCAUCAUGAGCAAGAGAGAGCUCAGGCGGCUGAUAGAAGAGAAGGUUGUCCGUGGCUGGGACGAUCCACGCUUGUACACACUCAAGGCUAUUAGGCGACGGGGUAUACCACCAGCGGCCCUUCUCUCGUUUAUAUACGAACUUGGAGUGACCACAGCAACAAGUAACAUCACCAUCAAGCGUUUUGAGCAGUCCAUUCGACGAUAUCUGGAGAGGACAGUUCCUCGCCUCAUGCUUGUCCUUGAUCCGGUUCGAGUCAUCAUUGAAGAUGCAGAGGAGCAGGACCUUGAUGUCCCAUUCCUACCUAAAGAUCCCAGCAUGGGUUCCCAUAAGGUACGACUAACAAAAUGCGUCUUCAUCGACCGCUCCGAUUUCCGCGAAGUUGAUAGUAAGGACUACUUCCGGCUUGCUCCUGGCAAGACAGUUGGGUUGCUCCACAUGCCUUAUCCCAUCAAAGCGGUAGAUUUUACCAAGGAUGAUGCUACUGGGAAAGUGAAGGAAAUCAGAGCUGUCUUUGAUAGGGGAGCCAAGAAGCCCAAGACAUUCAUACAGUGGGUUCCGGAUGGUUCUCCCACGGCCGAGGUGCGCAUUCACACGGCCUUGUUCAAGUCAGCUCAGCCAAAAUCCGCGCCGGGAGGGUUGAUGAACGACAUAAAUCCUGAAAGCGAGACUAUCUGGCACAGCGCAAUGAUUGAAAAUGGUUUCUACGAGGUGCGACGACGGGCUCCGUGGCCUGAGGCGGAAGGUGAGAAGGCUGGCGACUUUGGACCUGAGAGUGUCCGAUUCCAGGGCACUCGUGUUGCUUAUUUCGCAUGUGACUCGGAUAGCACAGAUGAGAAGAUUGUUCUCAACCGUAUUGUUGCUUUGAAGGAGGAUUCUGGUAAAAGCGGCUGA